AUGAUUCCUUCGAUCAGCUCCACCCAGUUUCUGCUCCUCUACCUCAUCCUCCUCUUCGUCCCCUCUCCGACCGUUGCCUUCACGUGGCAAGUUUGCAGCACAAGUGCCGGCAACUAUACUGCCAACAGCACGUAUGAGUCCAACCUCAACCUCCUCCUCUCCUCCCUCGUCUCCAACGGUUCCGCUCCUGGCUUCUUCACCGACACCGUCGGACAAAUACCCAACCAAGUUCAAGGCCUCGUCCUUUGUCGUGGCGAUACUAACCUCACCACGUGCGGUUCCUGCCUUAGCAACGUCACGGUGCAGAUCCUCCGGCUCUGUGCCGACAACAAGGAUGCCGUGGUUUGGGUUUAA